AUGCCAGAUCAUAUCUUCCCCAACCAGUUGGAGAACGUCCUACUCGAGAACGAGUCCAGCAAGGAUCCGAACAGGAGGCUCACCCCAGAUGCACAGGCCUUGCCCAGGACAUUGUUGAGCCUUGACCCUACUGCACGGCCAAAGUCCAGUCGUAUGAACCGCCAGACCUUCUUCGCGAUGGGCCAUUACCCAACCAAGUUGGACGAGAGUGUUUUCUACACGCUCUACACACCCGUAGGCGAGAACAAGAGGAAGGACGCCCCCGUCGAGGAAGAAGAAGAGACCAAAGCGGUCCAGAAAGCCAAGUACGAGUACGAUGACUCAGAAGAUCCCAACGUCGACUUUGACCUCUGA